AUGGAGCGUCAUCAAUCUAAUGUUGAGAAGUUUGAAAAAUUGUCAUGGAAGGUUGAAAACUUCUCACGAUUGAUAAAGGAUGAGAUUUACUCACAGCCUUUUGUCUUAGGUGGCUAUCCAUGGAGGAUUAUUCUGCUUCCAAAUGGGAAGGAAGGAGCAGAGAAGUCCUUAUCAAUUUAUUUGGAGGCUUUUGAAACAGCCAAUAUGUCUAAAGGAUGGAGCAGAGAUGUCAAAUAUAAGCUACUGGUAUUUAAUCAGUUCGAUGCCAACAUGACAAUCACAGAAGAGUUUGAGGAUAAGUUUGAUUCAUGUUCGGAUACCAUAGGUUCUGAAGAUUUCAUGGAAUUUGAAGUGCUUUGUGACCUUGGCAAGGGUUUUAUUUUUGAUGAUGCUUGUAUUGUUGGUGUUGAAAUUUUUGUUUCAAAGUCAAUAUAUGAGAAACCAUUACAUGGAACAGCUAGGUUAAGAACUUCAAUAUCAAUUGGAACCCGAACAACUAAUUUGAAAGGGAAAGUCCUAAGGCUAAAUCCAGAAAUUUCAGGCCCAAGUCGGGAGUCACCCCAAAAUUUUGUUACGGAAUUGUUCUCCUCACCCUCAAUUGAAGAACUUUUGGAUUUGAGUAAUGCAAGACAAAUAAAGAAAAUAUGUUCUGAUCAUUCUUUAGUUAUUGAUCGCCCGUUAAAGAAAGAACUUGCAUUUGCUGCAUUGGGUAGAAUUUUUUAUUUUCUAAAGACUAGAAAAGUAAAAGAUAUGAAUGGACAAACUUGUGAGGGUCUUCAGGUUUUAUGGAAAGAACUUGAGCAAUUUGAAUUUGAUCUUUCUUGGCUGGAGCCUCAUGUUCAAUCUGCUUUAGAAGUGAAAAGUUAUGUGGAGAAUGUUCUACAAAUUGAAAAGGUGAAGGAGGAUAUGGUAAUUCUCGAGUUGGAAAGGGAGAGGCUAAAAGCAAAGUUGGCUGCUGUUGAGCUAAAUCAUAACAUAGAAAGAGAAUCUUUGAAAGCAAAAGGGUUCGAAGAUAUGGAUAUGGAUUCUGAACUAGGAUGUUGGAGUUGUAGACUUUUUUAG